CGGCUUUCCGUUUCUCUGGCCCGGCCCGCGAUGGCAGUGGCGGCGGCUUGGCGGGCGCUGCAGCGGGCCUUGCCGGGCUCCUUGCCCCCGGGGGCCUUCUGCCGUGGCUUCUGCCCGCCUCUGAGGCCUUGGGCCCGGCCGCUCAGCACCAGCGCCGCCUUGCAGCUCGCCGCCGUCCGCAGAUUCACAGACAAGCAUGAAUGGGUAUCGGUUGAAAACAGUAUUGGAACCGUAGGGAUCAGCAACUUUGCACAGGAAGCAUUAGGAGACGUUGUUUACUGUAGUCUUCCAGAAAUCGGAACAAAGUUGAACAAACAGGAUGAGUUUGGUGCUUUGGAAAGUGUGAAGGCAGCUAGUGAACUCUACUCCCCACUCACUGGAGAAGUAACAGAAAUUAACACUGCCCUUGCCGAUAAUCCAGGACUUGUCAACAAAUCUUGCUACCAAGAUGGCUGGCUUAUCAAGAUGACUGUGGAUAAUCCUUCAGAAUGUGAUGAACUCAUGAGUGAAGCAGCAUAUGAGAAAUACAUAAAAUCUAUGGAGGAGUGACUGGAAGUUAAGAGUAAAGUAGUACAAGCCACUUAGUAUAGAUAGUCCAAAAUUAGUGGUGGACAGAAGGUCCAACUCUGACCAGUUUGUCAAGGAGAUUUUGAAGGAAAAUGUGCUGCCUUGUAUUCAAAAUGGAUUUAUCUCUGCCCAUUAAUGACUGCAAAUCAGAAAAAAAUGUGCACCUUUAACUACUCAGUAUCUUCUAUAUGAGCUUUGGGGUCAUUUUUAAGUCUAAUCAAUGCACUUAAAUGAUUUCACUGUUCGAUGUUUAUAAUUCCCUCUGGUGUAGAUUAAUCUUUGUAAACGAAGCCCAGGAAAUGAGAAAGUAGAAUUGAAACAGGAUGCAACAGCCUUAAUUCCAUAGCACAGGUUGUGCUUUCAUCGUUGCUGGAUUCAUUUUUCUCCUGUCGACACUUCUGCCACAUUCCAUGAGCCCACUGGUAUGUCAGUCCCCUUUCAAUCAGGUUUCAAUAUUAAAAGCUAUAUUUGGUGCUUUGAGAAUGAUAGGAAUUAGUGGGAGUUCCUGGUGAUUAGAGCAGAAUCAGAUCUUACAUUUUGUAGUGAAAUUUUGGAAGUGUGACCAUCUUUGAUAGAUAAAGCUCCUGCUUUACAGUGAAAAAGAUAAAAGGUAAUAAAAAAAAUCCUGACUUUA